UGAGAUUCUCCUGCUGAUAGGAAGAGACCUGUUGAGAGUGCACAAAGUACGGAAACAGAUAAACGGACUGAAUAAUGAACCAUUUGCACAAAAGUUGGAUCUCGGCUGGGUGGUAGUCGGUGAUGUCUGUGUCAAUGGAAUGCAUGGGCCUCCAACAGUGAGCAGCAUGAAGACAUACAUAUCUGACAGUGGCAGACCUUCUACAUUUGUAGAGUGUGAGAACAAAAUGAAAGUAAGAGACUUGUACACAGAAACAUCAGACACACUUUCAGUGUUUUCAAGAACAAUUUAUGAUCACCAGUUAGCUCCCUCUAUUGAAGACAAACGCUUCUUGGAAGUAAUGGAAAAAGGCUUUCUCCAAGAUGAUUCAAAUAGCUGGGUCGCCCCUCUCCCAUUCCGGCAUCCUCGUCGCAAGCUACCUAAUAACAGAGAAUAUGCAGAGAAGCGUUUUGCCUCUCUGGAACGCAAUCUUCAGAAAAAACCUGAAAUGAAAAGACACUUUUUUGAGUUUAUGCAAAGGCUAUUUAAUAAUCAUCACGCUGAGCUUGCUCCACCACUCGAAGAAGAAAAGGAAAGGUGGUACUUACCCACUUUUGGAGUUUAUCAUCCACAAAAGCCCAGCCAAAUACGUGUCGUGUUUGAUUCAUCUGCACAGUUUGACGGCGUCUCACUGAAUGAUGUUUUGCUGCAGGGUCCAGACCUAAAUAACAGUCUGCUUGGAGUUCUGAUGAGAUUCAGAAUAGGCCCAAUCGGAGUUUUAGCAGAUAUAGAACAGAUGUUCCACUGCUUUGUGGUUCAAGAAGAGAGCAGAGACAUGCUCAGGUUUUUGUGGUACCGCGACAAUCAGCCAGGAAAUGAAGUGGUUGAAUACCGCAUGAGAGUUCACAUAUUUGGGAACAGCCCAUCACCUGCAAUCGCCAUUUAUGGCCUACGGAGGGCAGCAAAGGAAAUGGAGCAAGUCUAUGGCAGCAAAACAACAGAGCUAGUGGAGAGACAUUUUUACAUGGACGACGCACUGCUGUCUUUCACAUCAGAAGCUGAGGCCACAAAGACAGUAGAGCAGCUUCAAGAAAUGCUAUCCGUUUCCAACCUGCGACUUCAUAAGAUAGCGUCAAACAGUGUCAAUGUCAUCAACCACUUCCCAGCUGAAGACAGAGCCAAGGAUAUAAAAGAUCUGGAUCUGUUCACAGAUGAUCUCCCCGUACAGCGCAGCCUGGGGGUUAUCUGGAACCUCAUGACAGACACUUUUACAUUCAAGGUCCCAGAGAAUCAGAAACCAUUCACCAGACGUGGUGUGCUGUCUACAGUAAAUAGCUUAUUCGACCCGUUAGGCUUUCUAGCACCUAUCACAAUAAGAGGAAGAAUGAUUCUCAGAGACAUUACUAAAGAGAAUAUUGAGUGGGAUGCUCCUCUGCCUCAAAGUAAAUAUGAAGAGUGGAAACGUUGGCAAGAGUCCCUCUCAGUUUUGAAAAACCUUCAUAUUCCAAGAACAUACAUCACAUUUCCAGUGAGUCAAGCCAAGACAAUUGAGCUUUGUGUUUUUUCUGACGCAUCAGUACAGGCUAUCUCAGCUGUCGCAUAUUUAAGAGUCACCCAUGAUGAUGGUCAUCAUGAAGUGGGGUUCAUCUUUGGCAAAUCAAAACUUGCCCCCCAGCCUGAGCUAACAGUUCCCAGAUUAGAGCUCUGUGCAGCUGUCCUAGCAGUAGAAGUUGCGGAAACUAUUAUGCAUGAGGUAGAUGUAAAACUGGAUGCAGUCAGGUACUUCUCAGAUAGCAAGGUAGUCUUAGGCUACAUUCACAAUGAGAAAAGAAGAUUUUACGUUUUUGUCAGUAACAGAGUGCAGCGCAUCAGACAAGUGUCUCAGCCUAAUCAGUGGAGAUUUGUGCCCACCGAACUCAAUCCAGCAGAUUGUGGCUCGAGAUCAAUUGGAGCAGAAGAGCUUGUCAACACCCUCUGGUUAACUGGACCAAGAUUCCUCACAGACACGGACUCGACAAAGAUUGGUUCAGACGAACAAUACUUGCUUAUCAAUCCAGAUGAUGACACAGAGGUCAGGGUGAAUGCCACCAAUGCUGUAACAGAGUCAUCAACUCACAAACUAUUUUCAAGUUGCUUUGAACAUUUUUCCAACUGGAAAUCUCUCCUGAAAGCGGUUGCCAGACUCAUUCACAUCGCUCAAAGCUUCUCAAACAAAAACAGCAACAGCUGUCGAGGUUGGCAUUACUGCAACAACAUCUCAUCUUCAGAAAUGGAUAAAGCGGAGCGACUGAUCAUUCACACAGUGCAACAACAGUGCUUCUCACAGGAUAUCUCGGCAGUGAGGAAAGUCCAAAGUCUAUCAAAGAACAGCCCUAUUCUCAGACUCAAUCCAUUCAUCGACAAUGAGGGGCUCCUAAGAGUAGGACGUUUGCAGCAUUCUAUGCUACAAAGAAACGAGUCAAAUCCAGUCAUAAUACCCAACAAACACCACAUUGCGACUCUGCUAGUGCGUCAUCAUCACGAGAGAGUGAAACACCAGGGAAGGCAUCUAACAGAAGGAGCCGUUCGCACCAGUGGACUGUGGUUGGUUGGAGGUAAGCGGCUCAUAAGCACCAUCAUUCACAAGUGUGUGUUUUGCAGAAAGCUACGUGGACUGUCAGAACAACAGCUUAUGUCUGACCUACCUGAAGAAAGGCUCAAAGUGGACCCACCAUUCUCAUAUGUGGGCCUGGAUGUCUUUGGCCCAUGGGAGAUUGUGACAAAACGUACAAGAGGAGGCCAAAUAAACAACAAGAGGUGGGCAGUGUUGUUCACAUGCAUGUCUACCAGGGCCAUCCACAUUGAGGUUGUGGAAACAAUGACUGCCUCAAGCUUCAUCAAUGCUCUCCGGAGAUUCUUUUCACUCCGCGGACCAGCCAAGCAACUAAGGUCUGACAGAGGGACCAACUUUAUUGGCGCCUGUAAUGAGCUGAAACUAUCACCGCAAGAUGCCAAUAACGUGAUCAAAGACUAUCUAACAGAACAGAGGUGCACAUGGGAAUUCAACCCGCCCCAUGCAUCCCACAUGGGUGGGAUUUGGGAAAGAAUGAUUGGGGUUUCUCGUCGCAUUCUAGAUGCUCUACUCCUAGAUGUGAAGCGACCUCAACUCACCCACGAAGUCUUGGUGACCUUCAUGGCAGAGGUCACAGCUAUCGUUAAUGCCAGACCCCUUGUGCCAAUUUCCACAGAUCCUGAAGCUCCACUGGUCUUAACGCCAGCUAUGCUUCUUACUCAGAAAACAGGAGCUCCUCCUCCAGUUCCAGACAACCUGACAGAGAAGGACGUCUUCAAGAGCCAAUGGAAGAGAGUUCAGAUACUAGCCAACAACUUUUGGACAAGAUGGCGGAAAGAAUAUCUCUGCACCCUUCAAGGUCGUCAAAAGUGGCUCGUAAAGAAAACAAAUCUCAAGGAAGGAGAUGUUGUCCUCCUGAAGGAUUCCACUGCAAAGCGCAAUGAGUGGCCCAUGGGACUUGUUGUUAAGACAUACCCCAGCAAGGAUGGACUUGUGAGAAAAGUGGAUGUUAAAGUUGCAAGACAUCAGGGUGUAAAGACAUUCAGCCGACCAAUCUCAGAAUUGGUUCUUUUGUUGACACCUAGUAAUGUGGACAUUUGAUUUAGUGGCAUCUCUUAAAGAUGCCAGGCGGGGAGUGUAGUGAAACCUGUUUAAUUUAAUGUUAUUCAAUGUUGAGUUCAUCUAUUGAGGCCACCUAGUGGUAAAUGUUAUAAUUUUGUCUAUUACCGGUUAACUGACGCCAUCUUGAGGUCACUUUUAUUACGGCAGUUUGUUUACCGAAAGGAAGAAGGCCUGUUGAUCGUCUUGCUCUGAAAGAAGUCUUUUUUGUUGUGUUUUCUUUAAUAUGAAUCCAAAAAAAGGAAAAACGGCAUCGUCUUUUUACACGAUUCUCAUUAAACCCCGCUAAAGAACCAAAUGGAGUGCUUCUUGGUGGACGGAUGAGAAAGUGUUUAGCUACCUGUAUAGCUGAGUUACUGCUAAAAGUGACAGUGCUUAGCGAGGC